AUGAUUCCGAAGCAAUGGACACCGCCCUGUAACAAUGAAUGCACUCACAAAUACGCUGCCCUCGUUCAAAUUCCCUGGAGAGUAUUUUGCAAAAAGGGGUGUGACUCUGAUGGUGACACAUGGGAAGACUGUUUAGGGGAGUGUGAUGAGAUAUGCUAUAAAGACCCAGUUUUAAAGGACCGACAAUGGAGUGCUUAUAUCGACCGUUCUCCUGGUGCUGUCAGCUACUCGGAGGAAUGCUUCCGUGCUUGUGUAGCUGGCUGUGGUUACAAGUUUGAUCUUCCAUCAGAGAAAGUUAAUCAAGUGCAUUCAAAGAGACCAUCAAAUCCUCACACCGUAGAGAAACCAUCAGCCCCACCUGCUGUUGAAUCCAGUCCGCCUCGUGAAUCCACUUCUGCUGAUGAUAUACCUAGCAGUUCUGCGUAG